CCGGAAGUAGAAUUUUGGCGGAAGUAAACAAUGACGAAGCCGCGUGGUGGUUGUGUUUUCGUCUCUCAGCUGAAUAUUUGAGUGUUUCAGCAACAAUGUCUUCAGUUCAGCAUCUGAGAGAGUUUAUCAGCGAGCGACUAACUGCUGCUGCUGAAGAAAUAUUCACAGAGUUUGAAAAAACCAUCGUCCAGUACGAAGAAGAGAUCGAUCGUCAGCGCAGACUGCUGGAUAUCACCUGGAAUCCACAGAUAAAGUUAAUCAGAACAGACGUCCCACAGCAGCAUGACUGUAGAGAGAAGGAGGUUGUUUCUGACCAGCAGCUUUUUAAACAGGAGACGGACGUCGGUCUGGACCAGGAGGGGGAGCCGCUGGUCCUGAGGGUCCAGACUGACCUGGUGGUUCAGUGCAAGUCUGAACCCGAAGAACCGUUAACAGGGUUGGAAAAAACCUGCAUCCAGUACGAGGAGGAAGCUCAUCGGCCACAGAUACAGUUACACAGCACAGCAGAUAACAUCAUGCUGAUCAAAGCAAAAAUCAAUAAGGAACAGAAAUAUGUAAAGAUCAGCAAACCGAGCCUCGAGGAAUUUCUGAGCUCUGCUUUCGUGAAGUUCUCCAUCGUUCCUCCUGUCAGAGAGAGCGUCAGAGUUUACGACGAGACGGGAACUGAGGUGGAUGCAGACGUCUUUGAGGAAGUCGUGCAGCAGCCCAGCGCUGGUGUAUUUACUAUCACAUGUGACAGGGCUUCCCAGGGUGGGACCCAGGGGGCAGCAUCCACCAGCCCAGUGCCUGAAGUCAUGACCAAUCCAUUGGCAGAGCUUUCACGUUGUAACUCUAAAGACACGAUCAUCCAGGAUGAGGAUUACAGCCCUCCAUGUAAACAGCCGAAGAUAAAAUGGAUGGAGAUUCCCGCGAGAAACUUGGUUGAAUUUGCGCUGACUAAGAAACCUGGUGGAGAGCAAAUUAUCAAGGAAUACGUCCGGACAAAAGGCCUCACUGAUUCCUCACGGAGGAAGCUGGUUAAAAUCCUUACUGCACACAUGGCUGGAAUUCACGGCACGGCACCACCAAGGCGAGUGAGAGAGAUGUAUGCUCAAGGCAUCGUUGAGAUGUUCCCAAGCCUACGGGAUCCAUACUCCAAAAAUGGAUAUGAACAUUUCUACGAUGGUGAAAGUGGCAGUGGUUACUUGGCGUGGAGGCUUAAAACCAUCCAGAGGAAAGACAAAUCAUCGGAGGGCAGAGGCUCAUCGUGUCAGCUGACUGGUGGUGGACCAACAGCCAGAAGAGAUGCUUCGUUGAGUCCUGAGGUGACCCUGAGUCAAGAGCAGUGCAAGGAGGCCAUUACCUUUAUGAAGCACUCUUCUGACGAGGCCACUAUCAAGCACAAGAUGAAGAUGACAUUUGGUUAUCGACGGAAGAUGGUCCUGGACAAAGAGAAAUCAUCUGAUGUCCUGACUGAAUUUCCACGCUUCAAAGAUGUCAAAGGCUUGAUUGAGCAGGACUUCAUCCUGGAGUUUGGAGAAGACAUCGCUUCCAAGUUUUUGGAGAGGUGGCCUGCUAUUUUCAGGCAGAAGAUCAUCCAGCAGAGCAAGACCCUUAUUUCUUCAAGUGACCUCCAAGAACUCAUCUGUUGUGCCGAGGGGGCAUCAAAUAACGAAGGAUUUGAGGAGACUCUAGCUCUGGCUGGGACAGGGAUCUAGCUUCCAUCAUGCUCCUCCUCCACCUGAUUCCUCCUUCCUGUCAAGGACGUAAAAGACCUGGAAAAGUUUCUGCAUCCCAAGCUGAGAAGCACCUUGUGGUCUUUCAGGAGAGCAUAAAGACCCCAACCACCAAAGAAACAUCCAGCUGAGUGGGUCAAGCCUCAAGGAACAUGCUGAUGCCAUCACCCGCUUCCGCUCAGCCCCUAUCUGCUGGCUGUUGGACCAAGAGGAGCUCCAUCCAUCAGUUCUCAUUGUUCUGAACAAACACCUCAUACCAUGCAGCUCAACCAGCUCACUGGGAGCUUUUUGAUGAACUCUUUAAGGCGCAUUUUGUAUCGGCACCGUUUACAAUCAGAAGCUCCACAACAUGUACACCCUUCAUCAAACAAACUGUCUACAACAUAGAUGUCGGGAGGGUUCAGGAGACUCCUAGUGUUGCAGAGAUCAGGUCCAGACUACUGAACUAGGACUAUGGGCAUCAGUGCAAUUUGCCACAAUCAGUGUGACCUGCUUCAUUUUUCUAAGAUUUUCCCUAUUUCAUCCAAUGUGUUUUUAAUACGAUGGGGAUGAUAUUUUUUGUUUAGCAGGUUCAUUUAAUCUGUAUUGUGACUGUAAGCCGUAUGAAUAUUGUCCAAGUUUCUUUUGCCUCGAAUGUGAUCAGGUAGGCUGUUACUAUGGUUUCUGGUAGAGUUUCAGGAUUCCGGAAACAUCUUGACACAGAACCUUCUGCACAAUCUGAAGCUGAUGAUGGUGUUGAAGGUAGUUUUGUUGCAAGUAAUGCUUAGUCUGAAGAUGCAGACUCAGACGGUGGAAACCAGCCAGUAUUUGGGAAGUCGUGCCAGUAUCAGCAUCCGUACUGGUGACGUAGUGUGCGUCCGCUACUGCACAGCUAGAUUUUCUUGGUGUAAAUCACUUUGUGCAUCCAUGGAUGAAGCAGGUUAUGAGUCUAAAGCUAAAGAUGCCGCUUUGAUAAUGUUUAUCUUUUCAGGAUGUUUCUGUCAGAACUAAAACAGUGAAUCUGUGAAAACACUCCAAACUAUUUUACUUCACUGGAUUCUGAUGUCAAAAUAAAAGGAACAUUUUAAACAGAAAUGGAAAACUGUUCGACCCUGCAUUAAAAAGCAUCUGGUGAAGAAAACAGAAGGAACAGAUGUGCUGAUCAAGCUUGUAUUAAUGACAAGUCUGCACAUGCUUCCAAUUCUAGAAAUCCUGAAGUCUGUUCCUACUACUUCAUACAUCAGUUAUAUGUUUUUCAUCUAGCCAACUUCAAAGGUCGAUCUGUGUUUACAUCCAAAAGAUGCCUUAUACAUGAUAAACCUUCAUUUUUUCAAAUUAAAAGUUUGAUAUGCAAA